AUUUUGAAACUAAGAAUCUCUCGUCCCCAACUCGCAUCGCUGUCUCACCUUACAACCAUUCCCAUUUUUACCAAAAAAGCCGAACGUCGACAAAAGUAGUAGAGAGAAUCAUCUUCUUCUCGGGUGCACAGGUUUUUCUCGUUGCAUGCGGAUACCGUUUAUCUAAGCCGAGUUAUUCCAAUCACGUCUUCUCAGAUACAUUGUUCGAUCUUCAUGAAACAUUCACCUUUUGAAGGACCUGGUCAUCUACUCAUGAAGACUUCGUCUCUACGUAUAAGUACGGACACGAAUGGAAAUGAUACAUCUGAUGAGAAAUAUUUCGUUUGGAAAACUACUUGUUCCCCUCUUUCUAUCAUGACAAGCACUUAUGGGAAACCUUCAAAGGCGCCACGAAUGCUCUCUCACGCUGAUUCUGGACAAAGCCUGUUUCUCUUUUGCAGCAAACAAAGUAAGGUGACAUUGCCAAGCAAUAUUGCUCUUAGCUUCAUUUGGAAAUUGGAACUCUCCAUUGGAAGCCAAUUAUUUGGAGAGAGAGAGAGAGAGUCUUCAUCGGAGUCGAGCAUGGAACAAACAGGAAGCAGGAGAUGCUAUAAUAAGAAGUGUGUCAAUACUUGUUCCGUAAACCCUUUUGCCAUGAGAAAGUAGUUGCUUUGUAUUCUUAAGGGAAAAGGGAAACUGUCAGGGUCCUUUCAUUUUGGACUCAGAUAGAUCAGAAUGGGACAAGACGAGAGGAAUCCAGAGUGCGACAACGGUAGUUAUGGUGGUAUCAGAACAGGAUCUUCCAAAAAGCUGAAGCAGAAGAAAGUGCCUCAGAGAGGACUUGGAGUGGCACAGUUGGAGAGGAUCAGAAUUGAAGAACAACAGAAGGACUAUGCAUCUGUUGCCGCAGUUUCAACAUUAACACCUCCACAAGAUUCGGAUCCUGACAUGUCAGUCCCCGCAAAAGGCACUGUUCCAUUGGCAAACGCCUUAAAAUAUGGUGGGCUUGAGAAUGCUAGUCGGUACGGUACGGCAUAUUCAAACCGGAACAGCCGAGAAGUGUGGAAUUCUUGUGAGCACAUUCCCGAGGAUGGUCGUGGGAUAGACCCUCAAUUCACUUUGCUCUCGAAAUUACCCCUGCCUAGUGAAUCUGACUAUCUUUGGCCUUUGUCGGGUUUACCCCAGUAUGAUCUGCCACCUUCUUCCAUGGUGAAGGCGUCUUCAACUUCAUCAUCGUUCCUACCAAAUUCUCAGACAGAGCCCCCUUCAAACCAAAUCAAUCAUGGCAAUUAUGCUCCUAUCCAGCAGGAGGAAGAGAAGAUAAGUGGCUUGAAGCGGUCUCGUCCGUUCUCUUCAGAAAAGCUUCCUGUAUUUCCUGUCCACCUAAAGCUUCUUACAUCUGCCAAUACUCACCAGAGGUCAGAUGACUCGGCUUCAUCUGACUACGGAGCAGAAUUGAUUUACGAGCUGGGGACCGGGAGUUUUAGGUAUUCUUCAUUUCAAGCUUCAGUUUCUGAUGCGAAAUCAAUUCCAAGUAAGAAACAAUAUGGAGUUUUCAGCAAUGAGUUCCUCACAUUAGGCCUUCCUACCUUGGCAUCGGCAUGGCCAAGUACCAAGAGCAAGCGGCCAUUUGCUUGUGGAGCCUUUGCCGACAGUGAACCUCCCGACAAUGAGAUACCACGCUGUCAGGGUCGUGAGCAAGAUUCAAAAUUUCAAAAGAGACUGAGGUGGGCGAAUCAGCAAGGGAAUUACGACUAUUACAGCUUCCUCCCUCCGGCCAAGGUGCAUUCUGAUGGAGGAGCUGCAAGGGUGACUACUUUUCACAACGGAGUUGCAGAUGGAACCAUUGAUCUUGACUUGAAGCUGUAGAGAUGGGUGGCCAAGACAAAGUUGUCGCAAGCCAUCUCGUCUAUCAGAGUGGCAAGCUCAGAAAAGAAUUGGCUUUAUUCUCAACGAACUUCAAGACGGCUCCAUAUAGUUCCAUGCGAGGCCAAAAUGAGCGUACCGACUUGAAAAGUGAGGUGGAAAAGGAGAACGGGUACUGGGUUGUAGAUACGUUUGUUAUGAUGCUACGAUUGAUGGAUGUUGCUUUUCUUGGGCUGCCAAUUGGUCUGAUUGGUGGAUAAUGAAUCGUGCAGUGGGUUGCAUGGCAGCAGUCGAUAGCAUGGCAGUCACGAUUAUCGUCCCCUUAAUUCCUGGAGUGGCGAGGUCACCAUAUUAAACAUCCACUUUCAUCUAUAUCAGCUCUGCAUACACCCUAACAGAGGAGGGAAUUGAUAACCC